AUCACGCAAUCCAACUCCAAAUUCCUAACCAACCAAACCCUCUCUUUUUCUUUUUCAUGUUCACGCCGGCUCCUCCACCCUCCGCCGUCACCGCCACCGAGGGACUCGGCUACGGCAUUGCCAUCGCCGUGAGCAUCCUGGUCCUCAUCUCCACCAUCAUGCUCGCCUCCUACGCCUGCGUCCGAAUCAAAGCCAACGUCAUCAUCAUCACUCGCCACCGUCACAACCACAGCAUCAACAACAAUAAUAAUAAUAAUAACAAUAGUAGUUUUCGUGACGCCUCGGAUGGGCCUGGCGUUGUGGUCCUGGGCAUGGAGAAGCCCGCCAUCGAGACCUGCUACGGGCCCAAGAUCGUGAUCGGAGAGAGCAAACGCCUGUCCAGGCCCAGCGACCAGGGCCCGUGCGCGAUUUGCCUGAGCGAGUAUCUUCCCAAGGAGACCAUACGGUGCGUUCCGGAGUGCCGCCACUGCUUCCACGCUGAGUGCAUCGAUGAGUGGCUCAAGAUGAGUGCCACGUGUCCCCUCUGCCGGAACUCCCCUGUGCCCUCGCCGCUGCCGACGCCGGCCGCCACGCCGCUGUCGGAGCUCGUUCCGCUGGCUUUCGACGCCAGGUGA